CAGCUGUACUCAUUAGCAUAAUAUCGGAGACUCGGAGUCAAGGUAACCAGACGACGCGACGCCUACUUUACCGAUCGGAUUUGUAAACACAUCAUUUGACAAGUGGGUUUACGUGUCAAAAUGGCCGAUCUCAACAAGGAGCUAAGCGAAUACCUCCUGAGUAGUAAAAAUGAAAAACAAUAUAAAAUACAACUGCCAUCGGUGACGAUACCAAAACCAGACCUGGGAAAAUGGCUCGGCCGAAAUUCCGAAGAAGACAGACAGGAGUCGGGAUGGCUCAAGGAGACACAAAAAGACUGUUGCCCUAGCAUGACCAGAAUGCAGAGACUGACUGCCUUCGGAAUGUGUUUUGUCAUGGGAAUCCUAUGUUUUUGCCUGUCUGCUAUUUAUAUUCCUGUAUUAUUGUUGAAGGCGAGAAAAUUCGCUCUUCUCUACUCACUGGGAAGCAUGUUUUUCUUGAUGAGCUUUAGUUUUUUGUGGGGUCCUAUGAGCUACAUAAAGUCCCUCUUCUCAGCCGAGAGAAGAUGCUUUUCUAUUAUUUAUAUCGUCACAUUAACCGGUACACUGUACUUUGCUCUUCAUCUACAAUCUACGUCGCUGACUGUCUUGUGUGCGGUAUGUCAAUUGAUCGCAAUGUUGACAUUUUUGAUAAGUCAUAUACCUGGUGGCACAACAGGACUGAUGUUUUUUACGAGAAUGUUCAGGUCAUCAGUCAGUUCAACCCUACCUGUUUGAUACCAUCCUAGCACUCUAAGGCAUUCGAUAUUUAUAAAAUUAAAAAUAUAUAACUGUAAGAUAUUACUGUAAAUAGUGUAAAAUUUUUGUAUAAAAAAUACAACAGUCCUUUAUUUAUAAAAAAGAACUAUA